AUGAAGAUUCAAGGCCGCACAUUCAUCAUUUCCGGUGGCGCAUCAGGCUUGGGACAAGCCUGCGUGGAAGAGAUUUGCAAAAAUGGGGGAAACGUCGCCGUUCUUGACAUGAACGAAGAGAGCGGCAAUGAGCUUGUCUCCAAGCUGGGCUCCUCGGCCAAGUUCUUUAUCUGCGACGUCCUCGACACCAACAGCAUCGAGGCCGCCGUCCAGGGCACCGCUGCUUGGGUGAAGCAGACCGGCAAGCCCCUCGGCGGCGUCAUCCCCGCCGCCGGCGUCGGAAACCCUUCUACCAUCCUAGACCGUAACGGCAACCCCUUCAGCCUCGACGAUUGGGACUUUGUGCUCAACAUCAACCUCCGCGGCACCAUCGACCUCACCCGCCAGGCUCUCGCCCUCAUGGCGAGGAACGACCCCUCGCCCCCCGACGGCGAGCGCGGCGUCGUCGUCAUGGUCGCCUCCUCCGCCGCCUUUGACGGCCAAAAGGGCCAGGUCGCCUACGCCGCGAGCAAGGGCGCCGUCGCUGCUAUGACCCUGCCCAUGACCCGCGACCUCGCCCGCUUCGGCAUCCGCGUCGUCACCAUCGCCCCGAGCCUGUUCGAGUCCCGCAUGACCGCCGUCAUGUCCGACAAGGUCCGUGCCAGCCUCGAGCGCUCUAUGGAGUUUCCCGUCCGCGCCGGCAAGCCCGACGAGUUCGCCGCCCUGGUGAGGCACGCCAUUGAGAACGUCAUGCUCAACGGGACCGUCUUGCGGCUGGACGGCGGCAUGAGGAUGCCGAGUAAGAUGUAG